CAGCGGUGCCGGUGGCACGGCCGGACAGGGCUGCGAGCAGGGAGCCCACGGUGGCCCCUCGUCUCAUUCCAGGGAGAGCCACGCCAAGUUCAGGCACGGCCUGCUACAGCUUAUGAUCCACACGAUCGAUCCGCUCCACGACGGCAAAGUGGACGAGAAAGCGACGCAACUGCACGCGAUAGCGUCGCUACAGGUGCUGCUGGAUGCCACGAAGCCGCACAACGGUGCCGCGACAUCGACUGCAGCCCAUUACUCCGGUGCAUCGUCGAAAGAGACCACUCUGCAGCUGCAGCAGGGCUCACAGGGCACAACCACGACCACCACCACGACGACGACCACCGCCGGCACCACCGCCGGCAUCCAGGAACUUCCCAAUGGCGGCAUAGCUGCUGGCCUCGACGCGGGCCUCGAAUCGGGAGACGAGGAUAAACCUCCAAAGGCGUUGGACAUGGGCUGGCCCAGCAGUCCCAGGAAAAGACUCAUUUACAUUCUGGUAGCGCCAAUUCUGUUCCCUCUGUGGCUGACGUUACCGGACACAAGGACACCCAGGGGGAAGAAGUUCUUCGCGGUGACGUUCAUCGGUUCUAUCCUAUGGAUCGCGGCGUACUCGUACCUGAUGGUCUGGUGGGCGAACGUGGCCGGCGACACCGUUCGAAUUCCGCCGGAAGUGAUGGGCCUGACGUUCCUCGCUGCUGGCACCAGCAUCCCGGACCUCAUCACAAGCGUGAUCGUAGCGCGGAAAGGAUCCGGAGACAUGGCCGUGUCGAGCUCUGUCGGAAGCAACAUUUUCGACGUGACCGUUGGGCUUCCGGUACCGUGGCUGCUGUACGGCCUGAUCUAUGGAAGACCCGUGGAGGUGAACUCGGUGGGGAUGGUCUGCAGUAUAGCGAUCCUAUUCUGCAUGCUGUUGUUCGUCAUCUUGAGCAUCGCCUGUUUCAAGUGGCGGAUGAACAAGGGCCUUGGGAUCACCAUGUUCCUCCUCUACUUCGUCUUCGUCGCUGUCUCGCUGAUGUUCGAGUACGAGAUCCUGGUCUGUCCGGUCUAGGAACGUGAGAAAAGGCAAAAAAAAAAAAAAAAAACAGACAGAAGCGAGAGAAAAUUGUGCAG